AUGGCGACUUCCAGUACACGGCAGCGGCGCCCGAGCGCGGAGGAUGUUACUAGGGAGUCUAAUUCUACCGCCAGUCUUUUUCUAGGCGGCGCGCGCAAGAACUGGAUGUCAUCCUCCACACAGGUCAAACCCACCAAGCCCAACAAACCCACCAAUCCUGCCGCAACGAGCCCGUCUUUUCCUCGACAAGAUGCUCCGCACGCGAUGCCUCCUCCAGAUCAUACUUCCCCACCGACUGUCCCCGAUCGUCCCGAAGCUACACUCAUAUCUCCUGUCACACCAAGAGCAACGAUUCAGUCCUCGGGCCUGCACGAACCAGUCGCUACUAUGAUAGCGCCAAAGGUUCCAGAUCCUCCGCAACUAGCUGCUGCUCCUGCCCUUCCCUCUCCCGUCCCGAGUACAGAAUCUUAUCCAAGCCCCGUUGUCGACCAGCUCUGGAUGGUGAAUUCCACUACUGCUCCUUCACCCGGCGCAAGCACUUCUGUACGAUCAGAGAAUCCAAUUACCACCGCCGCUGCCACGACUACGACCACGACCACGACCACGACGACCAACACUACUGCCCCAGGGACCUUGAAUGGAACUGCUUCGAAUCCAUCGAUUCGCUCGGGAACAGCACAAAUUCCACAGCCCUCACCAGCCUCUACCUCUCAAGAAACAGCAGCACGCGUCCAACCUGUCUCACUUCUUCAUGGAUCUCAGAAUCGAUCGGCGGAUGGAAGCUUUCCAGACGCGCAAACAUGGGCGCUGUGGAAAUCCCGAUUGAAUACGUUGAAGAUAACAGCGGACAAUGGCCAACUAUCUCCAUAUGUGGAACCGAGGAUUGGAUUGCUGUACGAGGCCUGCAACUAUGAAGACGUUGACUAUUUACUGUUGCAUUACCUCUUCUGUCGGCAGUUCGCGGGGAUCACUUCCCCUGCAACCGAGGCCCUCGAUACACCAGCUUGUCGAAGAGGGUUAAUAUUAAUGUCAGAUCUGUUGCAGUCUAAUGACGAUCUCCCUAUUGUGUUAGUGCGCAAGUUCUGCCAGUUUCCAGGUAACCCAAUUGAGAUGGAAUAUGAACCAUGGUAUUCCGCCACGGUUGGUAGAAUCGCCAACACCCUUACGCUGCUUGCAACAGGAUUCGCGGAGAAUCCAAUUCCUGUUUACAAAGAACUUUCUGAGCGUCGAUUUCCUUUUCUGGUAUCUGAAAUGAAAACGCGUUUUGGAAUUCGGUCAUCCAACAACGGCAUCGCCAUUAUCAACGUCGACCCCCUCGGUCUCCACUCCAUCGCAAGUCACUCAAGCACAUCAGCUAGGAAGAGCGCCGGUGCAGGACACUUGUCGACCAUCUGCGAGCAAUCAAUCGCCAGUCGCGAGUACAAAUACGACAGCGCUCCCCACGAACCAGUCGCAUGUCACUCAUUCAAAUAG